AUGGACUCCUUUCCCGCUGAAUCCGACUUUGACGGUGGCCCAGAGUACGAUACCCCCGAUGUUUCGUUGUCUUUGGACCCCACCGUCAUCAACACGUCCGCAGAUGGCGCGGAUCUCCAGGACCCCACCUCCAUCGUCACCAAGACAAGACGGCCCCAGGUGAAGCUCACAGGCGAAAAACUCUGCUCUCCCAAGGGUCUGCCGUACGUAGCGCGAAAUGCUCGCAAGCACAUCCGCAUCUCCAAGCGCAAAAGCCCCUACGACAACCUCUGCAACGUCAUGCAGUUCUACCAGCUCUGGGCACACGACCUCUUUCCCAAGGCCAAAUUUGGCGACUUUGUCGCGAUGUGUAACACCCUAGCCAAGACCGACAAGGAUCUGCGAGCGUAUCGGAUCCAGCUGGUCCGUGAAGAGCUGGGUUUGUUCACCGCGGGCGAAGAAGACGCGGCUGACUUUAACGACCCAACCAAUCCAACCCCAGCUGCCGGCGCGACUCCAGAACCAGCCCGUGAUGCCACACCAAAUGCACCAUCGCUGUUUGUGGCAAACGACGACGCAAACGAAGACAGUAGCGAUGAAGACCUUUACACUUUACCGGGCUCCCGCACGGCGCCUGAUGCCGAUGAAGAGCUUGAGCUUCUACGGGAAGCCGAAGGUCUUUUGGACAUGCAACCCUCGCAUGAUGGUCGCCAUUUGUCGUCACGUGCAGGUAGUGUGGCGGCUCAUGCUACAGAACCCACCCAGACCGUCUUAGCAGACGACGGUGCCGAAGAUGAGGAUGAGCUGGCACUCAUGCGUGAGAUGGGACUAUAA